AUGCGCGCCCCGCCCGCUGCCGGCGGCUUCAACUCGCCGUGGACGAUCGCCAUCCGCGCGGCGGCAGACCAAGGCCGGCCCCGCCGCGCCAUCGCUCUGUACCUCGCGUCCCUACGCUCGUCCCGCCGCCCCUGCCCCUUCGCCCUCGCCGCCGUCCUCAAGUCUGUGCCCCGCCUCCCCGAGCACACCGCUCUCCCCGCGGCGGCCUCCCUCCACGCGCACCUCCUCCGCCUCGGUCUCCUCUCCCACCCCUACCCGCACGCCGCGCUCUCUCACCUCUACUCCCGCCUUCUGCCCCCGCACCACGACCACGCCCGCGGCUUGCUCGAUGACGAGCCCGCGCCGCUGCACCGCCACUCCCGCCUCGUCUCGUCCAACUCGCUCCUCGCUUCCCUCCUACGCGCGGGCGAUAUCGACGCCGCGCGCUCCAUGUUCGAGGCAAUGCCCGCGCGGGACGUUGUGUCGUGGAACUCCAUGGUCGCCGGACUCGCCAAGGCCGGCCACCUCGACGAGGCCAUCGAACUGUUCGACCGAAUGCCCGAGACAAACGCCGCGUCCUGGAACGCCCUCGUGUCCGGUUUCAUGGCACAAGGCCACGUGGCCCAAGCGCAAGAGCUGUUUGAGCGGAUGCCCAUCAGGAACAAUGUUUCCUGGAUCACGAUGAUCUCAGGGUACGCCAAGGCCGGUGACGUCCAAGCUGCUGCUAACCUGUUUGAUAGGAUGGAUAAUAAGGAUCUUUAUGCAUGGAAUGCGAUGAUCUCAUGCUAUGCACAGAAUGGUUGCGCAAGAGAGGCACUUGGCAUCUUUAACAGGAUGUUGAAGCCACAUAUUUGGGUGGUACCCAAUGAGAAGACUUUCUCCUCUGUCAUCUCGGCAUGUUCACAGCUGGGGGACUUGAGGUUCGGCUUGUGGGUUGAGAGUUUCAUGGGGUAUGUGGGGGUUGAUCUGGAUGAUCACCUGCGUACCACUCUGGUUGAUUUGUACACCAAGAGUGGGCAAAUGGAUAGGGCUUUUGAAUUGUUCAGAGGCUUGAGAUCAAGGGAUGUGGUGUCUUACAGUGCGAUGAUAGUGGGCUGUGGAAUGCAUGGCAAGUUAAAUGAAGCUGUUGGCUUAUUCAAGGAGAUGUCCAAAGCGAGGAUUGAUCCUAAUGCGGUGACCUUUGUGGGGUUGUUGUCUGCAUACAGUCAUGCAGGACUACUGGAAGAAGCUCGUGCUUGUUUCACUUCCAUGUCAAGCAAAUAUAGGAUUAAUCCUUCAAUGGAACACUACACUAUUAUGGUAGACAUUCUUGGGCGCUGCGGAAAGUUGGAAGAAGCAUUCCAGCUGAUCAUGCAGAUACCUGUAUGCCCACAUGCCAGUGUUUGGGGUGCCUUGCUUCUUGCUUGCAGGUUGCACAACAACAUUGAGCUUGGGGAGGUUGUUGCUUCCAAGUGCUUUGAACUGGAGCCAGAGGAGAGCGGAUAUUACAUUCUCUUGGGUAACAUAUAUGCACAAGCAAAGAAGUGGGACAAGGUUAAGGGUUUAAGGAAGAUGAUGGCGGAAAGGGGUUUGAGUAAGACGCCCGGGAGUAGCUGGGUGCAUGUUACAUGA